UCAGCGCUGUGAUUUAACUGAAGAAAGGACACAGUGUCAAAACGCUGAGAAAAACUCCUGCUGAAGCGACUGAUCUCCACACUGUUAUAAAGAUGGCGUUUAUUAAAGAGGAGAGUGAAGAUGUGAAGAUUAAAGAAACAUUCACAGUCAAACAGGAAGAUCUGCAGGAACAAACAGAUCUAAUUGAAGAGAAUAAGGGGAGUAAAGAAGAGGAACAUCAUGUCAAAAUUGAGGAAAAAACUCAUUUACAGACUGAUGGUAUUUUGAAAAAAAGAGACGAAAAUCGUUUCACCUGCACUCAGUGUGGAAAGAAUUUUGGAAGAAAAGGCGAUCUUAAGAUUCACAUGAGGAUCCACACUGGAGAGAAACCAUACAUAUGCACUCAGUGUGGGAAGAGUUUCAGCAUAUCAUCAAACCUUAAUCAACACAUGAGGAUCCACACUGGAGAGAAACCAUUCACAUGCACUCAGUGUGGGAAAAGCUUUAGCCAAUCAUCACACCUUAAUUACCACAUGAUGAUCCACGCUGGAGAGAAACCAUCCACAUGCUCACAGUGUGGGAAGAGUUUCAGUUGCUUAUCUCACCUUAAUAAACACAUGAGGAUCCACACUGGAGAGAAACCAUUCUCAUGCACUCAGUGUGGGAAGAGUUUCAGACACUCAUUAUUUCUUAAACAACACAUGAGGAUCCACAGUGGAGAGAAACCAUUCACAUGCACUCUCUGUGGGAAAAGUUUCAGCCAAUCAUCAUCCCUUAAUCACCACAUGAGGAUCCACACUGGAGAGAAACCAUUCACAUGCACUCAGUGUAGGAAGAGUUUCAGACGCUCAUCAUCUCUUAAAGAACACAUGAGAAUCCACACUGGAGAGAAACCAUUCACAUGCACUCGGUGUGGGAAGAGUUUCAUACAAUCAUCACAACUUAACCGACACAUGAGGAUCCACACUGGAGAGAAACCAUUCACUUGCACCUAAGCCACAGUUACACUGGACCUUUCUCCCCAUAGACUUCCAUUUAUAUGCACGCAAAUGCGCCAGACUGUAAACGAAAGUUUGUGGGUCAGGUUUUACAGUUCACUGCGUUGCAGAGUUCAAGCUUGGUGAACUCUGACCUGCGAAAUCGCAUUACUUGACUCGAAGAUCAAAACAUGACCUCUCUGGACAAUCGCUCACGUUUUUUAAUGUCUAAUAAUCUUGUUGAAUCCCGCCCCUUUUCGCAGCACCAUAAAACAAAAUGUCGCAUGCUCAAACUCUAGUGUGACCGCAGCUUCAGUGUGGGAUGAGUUUCAGCAGCUCAUCAGAAAUUAACCUGUUAAGCUUUUGGGCUAUUUUGGGUAUUUCCGCCUGAAUUUGGCAUUCCGAUUUAAAAAGCUUUCCAUAACCACAUGCAUAGGAAUAAAUACAAAACUUUGGUAUGAUUUUAAAAGAAAUCCUUUGAAAUUUCAUAAAAUACUGUUUUAAAUAAACUGAAGUUAGAAAAUGUGUUA